AUGGAUGUAGCAGUCUCAGAUUAAUGUAACUGUGAGAAGCUUCUAUCAUAAGCUGAUUGCAAGGCAAAAUAAGGAUGUUUCUGGUCUACAACAAAUUCUAUAUGUUCAAAAAUGGAUUCUGGAAGCAGUUCCACUGAAGGAUUUUGUGGAUCAAUAAGUGAUAGCAACACCUGUUCUAAAACAAAAGGUUGCGCUUAUAUAGACUCUGUAUGUUAAAUAUUUGCUGGCUGUUCAGCAUAUAAAGGUGCAACAGAUGCUGAAUGCUAAGCUAUAUCAAAACAAUGUAAUUCAGAUGGACAAGCAUUUUGUAUUGAUCCUGGAACUUGUACAACUUAUAAAACAUAAGAAGAUUGUACAGGAAAGGGAAGUAGUGGAGGAUCAGGUACAUGUGUUUGGGAUACAGUCUGUAGAGAAUAAAAAUGUACUGAAGCAGAUGUUACUUUUAACACAGAUGCUAAAUGUAAUAACUUUAUCAAAGGAUGUGUUACAACAGGAAAAGGAUGUACAAGUUCCUUAGGAUAAUGUUCAGCUUAUAGUGGAGAUAUAGAAAGUUGUGAAGGAUUAAAAGGAUCGGAUGGUUAUUGUAAAGGAGUAGAAGGAAAGGAUAAGUGUACAGUAAAAGUAUGUAUUGAUGCUGAUGUAACGUUAACGACAAACGAAGCCUGUGCUAAGUAUUAGAUUGGUUGUGUUACAAAUGGUUAUGGGUGUGUUAAGUCUCCUUUGGGAUCCUGUUCUACUUAAACCGGAGACAAUUUAGUAUGUGCAAAUAAGAUAGGAUAAGAUGGUAAGUGCAAAGGAGUAACUGAAGGAAAGACAUGUAGCGUUGUUGAAUGUAAAGAUGCUCCUGAAACUCAUUCAGCUGAUGAAGAAUGUUCUAAGUACAAGUCUGGAUGUGUUACUACAGGCAAAGGGUGUACUACUCAAAAAGGUGUUUGUGCUUCAUACAAAGGAACUUCUUCAACAUGUGAUGGAUUUGUAGGUUCUGAUGGUAAAUGUAAAGGUACAUCAGAUACUGAAACUGCUUGUUCUGCAAAAGUCUGUAAAGAUGCUGAUUCUACUUUGGAUACUGAUGCUAAAUGUGAUGAUUAUUAGACUGGAUGUAAAACAACUGGUAAAGGUUGUAUCUCUACUUUAUCAAAUUGUUCUUCUUAUACUGGAGAUUCUACGAGUUGUGAUGGAUAUAUAGGUCUUGAUGGUAAAUGUGCUGGUGGGGCUAGUAGUGGUAGCUGUUUCCCUAAAAAAUGUUCAGAGGCUUCUCUUUCAUUAUUGCUACUGGAACUGAUGGUUGUAUGGAUGCUGGUAUGUGUAGUACAUUAGAGAAUAACAAUCAAUGUGAUGGAAAAUCAACUUGCUAAUGGACACCUUAAUGUGUUUAAAAUGUCAAUUGUAGUGAUCUUAAAACUGAAAUUUUAUGUAAGCAUGUUACUUUGUAAAAUAAUAAGACUUGCUGGUGGGUCAAUAGUGCUUGUGUGGCUAGAACAUGUGAUUAAGCACCCUCAUCAUAUAAUACAGAUUCUCUGUGUGAUGGCUUCUUAAAGGAAUGUUUAACAAAAAAAAACGGUUGUCUUGCUCCUACUGCUAGUUGUAGUAGCUAUUAAGGAACUAAAACAACAUGCGAAGGAUUCACUAUUAAAUGUACAAAUUCCAAUGAUGCUACUGAUACAACUGUUUGUACUGAUCCUGUUUGUACAGAAAAUACUGUUGGUACAACUGAUGAAGCUUGCAAAUCAUAUCAUAUAAAUUGUUUAACAAAAGGCACAGGAUGUAUAGCUACAAGUGCAGCUUGUACUGCAUAUCCAGGAACUAGCACAGAAAUUUGUGGGAAAUUCAAAGGCUCUAAUUAAGCCAUACCUUGUUGGUGGAAAGCUGGAACAAAUUGCUCAGAUAGAGCAUGUGUUGAUGCUGAUAAUUCUAAUACAACAGAUGAUUUAUGUGAUAAAUUCUUAAAAGGGUGUGUAACAACUGGAGCUGGAUGUGCUCCAAGUUCUUAAAUAUGUACUUCUUAUUCAGGUUUAAAUUAAGCAGGUUGUUUAGCAUUAAAAAAAGGAUGUGCAAAAAGGGAAGCUUGUACAGCUGAACCAUCAUGUGAAAGUUUAACAGGUACAACUAAUUAAGCAAGUUGUGAUGCAGUAUUGCCAAAUAGAUGCAUGUUUGUUAAUAGUUCAUGUGUUUCAAAAGGAGCUUGUAAUACUUAUAGUGGUAAUUCAUAGGCUGCUUGUAAAGAUUUAGUUAAUGCAAGUGGGGUUAAGUGUUAUUGGGCAAGUGGUAGUAAUUGUACUGAAUAAACAUGUGCAGGUAUAACAGGUGCAACUAAUUAAGCAAGUUGUGAUGCAUUAUUACCAAAAAAAUGUAUGUUUAUUAGUGGUUCAUGUGUUACAAUCGGUGCUUGUAGUACUUAUAGUGGUAAUUCAGUGGCUGCUUGUAAAGAUUUAGUUAAUGCAAGUGGGGUUAAAUGCUAUUGGACAAGUGAUAAUAAUUGCACUGAUAGAACCUGUGCAUAAAUAACAAACCAACAAAUAUAUAGAGUUGUACAGAUCAUUUACCUGAUUGUGCGAGAAAAACAAAUGGUUCUGCAUGUGAAAAUAUAACUUGUAGCAAUGCUACAACUCCAAGUUCUGAAGCUGAUUGUACAAAUUAUCAUCCAACUUGUCAUUAUGGUAAAGUAGCUGGAACAAAUGCAUGUAAUUUAGGUCUUACUUGUUAAGCUUUUGGUCCAUCAGAAUCUGGCAUAUGCCCUUCAGUGAUUACCGCAGAUGGUCGUUAAUGUAAAGCAACUACACCGCCUGAUAUAUAAUCUUGUAGAGAUGAUGAGUGCACUGGUCAUGCUUAAGAAGUUUGCAAAACAAAAAAAGUUAUUCAUUAUGGUUAAUUUUAAGGAAGUAAACCAGCUUAAUUAUGUUUUUAUGAUGGAAGUAAUUGUGUAGAAAGAUCCUGUGCAAAUGCAAAAGCACAUCUUGGAGGUUCUGUUUCAUCAUUUUCUUAAUGUAAUUCAUAUUUUGAAGUAUGUGUAUUUUCAAAGCCUGCUACUGGUGCUACAUGUGUAGAUGGAAAUACCAAAGAUGGAAAUACCUUUGGAUGCUAAUUACUUGAGGGUACUUAAGAUGAAUGUGAUACUUUGACAGGUAAAUAUAAAGUUGGAUCUGGUCUUAAUGCUUAUUGGGAAUAUAGAUUAUGUGCUAGACAUAAUACAGUAGGGGCAGUUUCAAAUUGUGUAGAUAGAACAUGUGCUUUAAAAACUGAUGGAAAUACUGAUGCCAUUUGUUAAGCAUGGUUACCAACUUGCAAGACUAAUGGACAAAGUUGUGUAAAUAUUUCUACUCCAUGUACAACUAUGACUGGAACUUCAGAGAGUUGUUAAUUACUUACUGCAACAGUAUUAGGAUCUAAAUGUUAAGGAAAUACUUCUGUUAAUGGAUCCUGUGUUGCAAAAAGAUGUUAAGAUAAUGGAACAGCUACAACUGAUGCAGAUUGUAAAAAAUUUAUGGAUGGAUGUAUUACCACAGGUAAAGGAUGUAUUGAUGGAACUACUAAAUGUAGUGGUUAAUGGGGUAAUUUAGAUGGAUGUAAAGUAUUAAAUGGAAAUGGGGUACCAUGCUGGAGUCUAUCUUUAACUACUAAAGGAGCAUGUAUUGAUAAAAUCUGUAGUCAUAAUACUACUGCUACUACUGAUACUGAUUGUGAAGCCUUUUUGAAAGGUUGUGUUACCAAAAGACCAGGUUGUAUUGAAGUUACAGCUGAAUGUUCCGCUUAUUAAGGUGUCUAAGCGGAUUGUGAAAAAGCUAUCGGUAAUGGUAAAUCAUGUACUAAUGAUUCUACUGCUACUGUCACCACUCCCUGCAAAGUUAAAGAUUGUUCUAAAUUUUCUGCUGAUACGUACUCUGAAUAAAUAUGUCAAAGUUAUGGUGUGUAAUGUCAUUAUAAUGGAACUAAAUGUGAUGUUAUUUAAUCAUGUUCUUAGUUGAAGGGUAACUUUAUCACAUGUACUCAAUUUAUUGCUUCGGAUGGACCUUGUGUUGGUACUGCUCUAUAAACUGAAAUAUCAACUAGUUGUUCUGCUGCUAAAUGUUCAGAUGCACCUUCUACAUUAACUAUUGAUGCUGGAUGUGAUAAAUAUAAAAAAGGAUGCAAAACUAAUGGACGUGGAUGUGGAACAGCUAUAUAAUGUUUAGAUGUAUAAAAUUCUUCAUCAUGUGCUGCUGUUAAAAGUGUAAAUGAUUUUAUUUGUACAUGGGCAUCUCAAUGUAGAGAUAUUCAAUCAUCAUGCAGCAGUUUUACAGCUAGUGGAUAAAGUGUAUGUGCAACAUCGAAAUCUACUACUGGAUUCGGACUUUGUAUUUGGAAAAACAGUGCAUGUACAGAAGCAUAAUGCGAAGACUUACCUUUAUCAAUUAGUUCAGAAACAGAUUGUGUUUCAUAUUCUAAAACUUGUACUUAUGGAGGAGCUGGUUGUGUUACAAAAGGAGCAUGUACCACUUAUAUAACAAAAGAAGCUUGUACAGCAGCAAAAUCUACAGAUUUAAUUGGAAGUUGCACUUGGGAUGAAACAGUAAUAACAAGUACUUAAAUAAAAGGAUGUAGAACAAAAGAUUGUUAAGAUGCAUCAAAUACAUUAACAAAUGAUUCUGAUUGUGAUGCAUUCAUAUAAGGCUGUGUUAGUAAUGGUGCUGGAUGUAUGAAAUCUACAUUUACAUGUGAUAUGUUUAAGACAUAGGUUAAAUGUCUUUAAGAUUCUUCCCUAUAACCAUGUCUUUGGAAUAAUAAUGCUUGUCAGCAAUAUUAUAAGUGUUCAGAUUUAUCAUUAAAAACAGUAGCAACUUGUUAGGCAGCUUCAAAGUAUUGUACAACAGAUGAAAUUAAAUGCACUUCCUUAAAGAUAUGUGCAAAUUAUACGAAAUAAAUAUAAUGUUUAAAAGGUACUGAUGGUAUUUGUGGUUGGGUAACAUCUACAAAGAAAUGUCAAUAGUUUACUUAAUGUACAGAUUUGGUUUCGAAAGUACUUACAGAAUGUUAAACCUUCAAUUCUAAAUGUAUUAGCAAUGGAACAAACUGUAUAGAGAUGGGUGAAUGUUCCAUUUAUGCUGAUAGUGAAGCUGCUUGUAAGACUGGAGGAACAGAUGGUGCUUGCCAAUUUGAUAAAGAUACAUCAGCAUGUAGAUUAAGACAAUGUUCUGAUGCAACUACUUCUACUUCAACUCAUAAUGGAUGUUUUGGAUAUUAAAUAAAUGCAACAACUAAAUGCACAACGGAUGGAUCUAAAUGUAUUUCUUUAGGUGACUGUCCAUCUUAUUAAAAAUAAGCUAGUUGUGUUUUAGAUAGUUAAUUCAAAGCUUGUAUAUGGGAUACUACAGCCAAAUAAUGUAAAACGAAGACUUGUUAAGAUACUAAAAAGACUAAGAGUUCUGAAUGUGCUCUUGCUUUAGCUGGAUGUAUCUCAGAUGGAACAAAAUGUAUAGAUUAAGGGAAAUGUGCAGAUUACACAACUAAAGAAGCUUGUUCUGCAGGUGGAAAAGAUGGUUCUUGUGCAUUUACUGCAGCUUCUGGUUAAACUACAACUGGAACAUGCAAAUUAUUUACUUAAUGUUCAGAUGCUAAUUCAGAUCAAAUUGCUUGUCAAUCUAAAUCAUUAACAUGUAAAUGGACUGCUGCAGCUGGUACUACAACUAGUUCCUGUACUAAUCAUACUUGUGAUUCAGCUGCUAAAAGAACUGCUAAAUGUGUCACUGUCCCAAGUUUCGAUAGCAAAAGAUACACUGUCUGUAUGUUACAAAAUGGAAAAUGUGUUACUGGAGAUCCAAGUGCUUUAACUCAAGAUACAUGUUAUAAAAUGAGUUAAUAUACCUACAGUUGGAAUGGUGAUACUAAAAAAUGUAUUGCCUGUGGAGCUGGAACUUCUAACACAAGCAAUAACACCACAAUUGUUAUUAAUAAUUAGAACAACGUAACUGAUCCUACUGCCCAAGGAUUCUAUCUACAUAUCUUACCCCUUAUGGUUUUCUUAUUUGUUUGA